AUGUCUCGGGCUCAAUGGAGCAACUUCGACCCCACCGGGCUGGAGCGCGCCGCCAAGGCCGCCCGCGAGCUGGACGCCUCCCGACAUGCUAAAGAGGCCCUUAAUCUGGCGCAGUUGCAGGAACAGACACUGCAGCUGGAACAGCAGAGCAAACUGAAGGAAUAUGAGGCUGCCAUAGAACAACUGAAAAACGAACAAGUCCGGAUACAAGCGGAAGAGAGGAGAAAAACGUUAACUGAAGAGACGAGGCAGCAGCAAGCGAGAGCGCAGUACCAGGACAAGCUGGCCAGGCAGCGCUAUGAAGACCAACUGCGGCAGCAGCAACUCCUUAAUGAAGAGAACUUGAGGAAGCAAGAGGAAUCCGUGCAGAAGCAGGAGGCCAUGAGGCGUGCUACGGUGGAACGAGAGAUGGAACUCCGGCACAAGAACGAGAUGCUGCGCAUUGAGGCCGAGGCCCGAGCCCGGGCCAAGGCAGAGAGGGAGAACGCUGACCUCAUCCGGGAACAAAUACGGUUAAAGGCCGCCGAGCACCGCCAGACGGUGCUGGAUUCUCUCAAGACAGCCGGGACACUGCUUGGAGAAGGAUUUCGUGCCUUUGUUACAGACUGGGACAAAGUGACGGCCACGGUGGCAGGACUGACUCUCCUGGCUGUGGGCAUUUACAGCGCCAAGAACGCCACCGCAGUCGCCGGACGGUACAUCGAGGCUCGGCUAGGCAAGCCUUCCUUGGUGAGGGAAACCUCCCGCAUCACGGUGCUGGAAGCCCUCAAGCACCCCAUAAAGGUUGGCAAGCGGCUCGCCAGCAAGGCCCAGGAUGCUCUUGAAGGUGUCGUUCUCAGCCCCAAGCUGGAGGCGCGUGUGAGAGAUAUUGCCAUCGCGACACGGAACACGAGGAACAACCGCAGCCUGUACAGAAACAUCCUCAUGUACGGCCCCCCUGGGACCGGCAAGACCCUCUUUGCCAAGAAACUAGCCAUGCAUUCUGGCAUGGAUUACGCCAUCAUGACUGGAGGUGAUGUUGCCCCCAUGGGGCGGGAAGGAGUCACAGCUAUGCACAAGCUCUUUGACUGGGCGAACACAAGCCGGAGAGGCCUCUUGCUCUUCGUGGACGAGUCCGAUGCGUUCCUGCGGAAGAGAGCCACGGAGAAAAUCAGUGAGGACCUACGAGCAACGCUGAAUGCUUUCUUGCACCGGACGGGACAGCACAGCAACAAGUUCAUGCUCGUCCUGGCCAGCAACCAGCCCGAGCAGUUCGACUGGGCCAUCAACGACCGGAUAGACGAGAUGGUCCACUUCCAGCUGCCUGGGCUGGAAGAGAGGGAAAGGCUGGUCCGGAUGUAUUUUGACAAGCACGUCCUGAAGCCGGCGACCGAGGGCAAGCGGCGCCUGAAGCUUGCUCAGUUCGACUACGGGAAGAAGUGCUCCGAGAUUGCCAAGCUGACGGAAGGCAUGUCUGGCCGAGAGAUUUCGCAACUCGCGGUGGCCUGGCAGGCCGCAGCGUAUGCCUCGGAGGACGGCGUGCUGACGGAGGCCAUGAUGGACGCCCGCGUGGCCGAUGCCAUCCAGCAGCACAAACAGAAGAUGGAGUGGCUUCAAGCCGAGGGCAUGGGGCUGGGAAAGAGCAGGCCUCUGCCUCUGUCCCUGGGGAAGUCCGUAUGAGACGCCUCUCUGGUCCACGAGGACCAAGAAAACACGCCAGACCAUUAAACGCGGAAGCCAAGGAAGAUGGGGAAGCGUUCCAUUGGCACCGUCUCACUGGAAUCAUGUUGAGGAAGACACAGACACCACACUGUUGGGAUUUAGGUCUUUUUUAUCUUAUCAGGAUGCCACCUGGGAUAAUUCUGUGUAUGUGUGUCUGUAUCCAUGCAGGUGAAAAUACAUUAAAAAGCACUGUUGCCAACAGGCAA